GAUAACUGGAGGUGAGAAGCUCCAAGUGGGGGCGUGGAUGUCUCGUCAGUCCUGGAGGUCCCGUGCCUGGGCAGACACUCUGAGCACGCGUACGGCGUUGAGAGAGGAGGACGAUAAGAAGGAGAAAAACAACGUUCUUGGUUUUCAUAGUUAAGAGGAGAAACUGUGAAGCAGAUGCGGUACUGAGGAUUAACUUAUCAACUUCCGUCCAUGUCCAUUCGUUUGACUUCUUUCCUUCAUUGAUCACUGGACCAUUGUCUACGCUCAAUGGCAGCAUCAGAACUGAUCCAAGACACAGACGAUGUUCAUCCUCACGUUGAAGCUAAGGCAACCACCGGCUGCCCCCCCUCACCACCUCAGAGGGUCGCCAACGGAGGGCCAACCCAAAACUCAUCCACACCAACUAGGACAACUGCCGACGACCAUGAUGACAAGAGCAAAAACGAGCGCAGCAAGCUGAUCUCCCGCCUUCAGGAGAAUCCGAUAAUCCGUACAUUAAACAGUCGACUGCGAAGACGCUGCGACUACGUCAAGAUCAGCUUCCCAGAGGAGCAGAGCGAACGCCUCCCUAAAGAGUGGUGGAAGACCGGCGUGGCUUUCCUUUAUGCACUCUUCAACCUCCUCUUCACCACCGUCAUUAUCACCGUCGUCCACGAGAGGGUCCCUGACAAGUCCAUCAACCCCCCGCUGCCAGACAAGUUCUUUGACUACGUGGACCGGGUGUCCUGGGCCUUCACAGUCUGUGAGGUCAAUGGUCUGAUCCUGGUCGGACUCUGGUUCAUCCAGUGGCUCUGUCUGGAACACAAAGCCAUUGUGGGUCGUCGCUGCUUCUUCCUCAUCGGGACUAUCUACAUGUAUCGCUGCAUUACAAUGUACAUCACCACUCUGCCUGUGCCUGGAAAACACAUGGUGUGCGCUCCAAAGUUGUACAACAACUCCACAGGGAAAAUCUGGAGAAUUCUGAGGCUGAUCUCAGGAGGAGGUCUGUCGAUGACAGGAUCUCACCUGAUGUGUGGGGACUUCCUGUACAGUGGCCACACUGUCAUGUUGACGCUGUCCUACCUCUUUAUCAAAGAGUAUUCUCCUCGUUGGAUGUGGUGGUACCACGUCAUCUGCUGGCUGCUCAGUGCUUCAGGUGUCAUCUGCAUCUUGGUGGGUCACGAACACUACAGCGUUGACGUGGUGAUCGCCUACUUUGUCACCACCCGCACCUUCUGGACGUACCACACCAUGGCCAACACACAUUCGUUACGUCAGGCUCCAAACAACUUUCUCUCCAGGACAUGGUGGAACCCCAUUUUCAACUUCCUGGAAAAGAACGUCCAGACGACAGUUCCCAUCAAGUUUUCAUGGCCGGUGACGCUGCUGUCGUCCUGCAGGCAGCGGUACAGGAUAGUGGAGGGAGGGAGGGACGAAUGAGACUCAUGUGGUAAAUACUGAAGAAGAACUGACUGAAGCAUCAGUGGUCUGUCCUCACAAGCACAGAGGAAGCCGCUCAAUGAGAGCUAUAAACUUUGAACUAAUGAUUACUGCUACAUCUGUCUGACAGUCAGAGGAAAAUGUCAGACCUACAGAGGUGGGACUGUAAAUUUAAAGCAUGUACAGUUAGCCUUGACCUAGUGUGUCAUAUGGAAAAUAGUCAUUUGUAUUUAAUUCUCCCCUCCCAGAGUUAUUUUAGUUGUAUUUUUAAAUGUUUAAUAUCGUAAUUUUGAAGUAAAAGCUAUAAUACUAGCUUAUUGAUGCUAACAACACUGUUCUACUGCUACCACUUGAUUUUGAGGUGCCAUCAGUAAACUAAAAAAGCUAGUCAGAUUUUGUUCAUUUAAAACUUUAGUUGUUGUUUUGUUGUUGAUGCAGACUUGAUGAAGUCUUCUUUUGAUAACUUUAAAUGUUUUUUUCUGUUGUCAUUUUGUAAGUUAAGUUAUUUUUAAGUCUUCCUAAAAAUCAUGUGUACUUUGACUCCAUGUUUACUUAAAUGACAGAAAUGUGUUACAACAGUGUGUUUUCAAAGUUUAAAAAUAAAACAAACGAGUUUAAAAGUU